CGCCGCCGGUCCCGCCCGCCAUGGCCGCGCGCCCCGGGCCCCUGUGGCUCCUUGGCCUGGCGCUUUGCGCGCUCAGUGGCGGCGGCCCCAGCCCGCACCCCCCGGCCGGCUGCCCACAGCGCCGCCUCGGUCCGCGCGAGCGCCGCGACCUGCAGCGCGAGAUCCUGGCGGUGCUUGGGCUGCCCGGGCGACCCCGGCCCCGCGCGCCGCCUGCUGCCGCCCGGCUGCCCGCGUCCGCGCCGCUCUUCAUGCUGGACCUCUACCACGCCAUGGCCGGCGACGACGACGAGGACGGAGGCCCCAGAGAGCGGGGUCUGGGCCGAGCCGACCUGGUCAUGAGCUUUGUGAACAUGGUGGAGCUCGACCGCACCCUGGGCCACCAGGAACCCCACUGGAAGGAGUUCCGCUUUGACCUGACCCAGAUCCCGGCGGGGGAGACGGUCACCGCCGCUGAGUUCCGGAUUUACAAGCUGCCCAGCACCCACCCGCUCAACAGGACCCUGCACGUCAGCAUGUUCGAGGUGGUCAGGGAGCAAGCCAACAGGGAGUCUGACUUGUUCUUUUUGGAUCUUCAGACGCUCCGAGCUGAGGACGAAGGCUGGCUGGUGUUGGACGUGACAGCAGCCAGUGACCGCUGGUUGUUGAACCGCAACAAGGACCUGGGACUCCGCCUCUUUGUGGAAACAGAGGACGGGCGCAGCGUGGAUCCUGGCCUGGCCGGUCUGCUGGGGCGACGGGCGCCGCGCUCCAAACAGCCUUUCAUGGUCACUUUUUUCAGGGAGAGCCCCAACCCCACCCGAGUCCCUCGGGCAGUGAGGUCCCUGAGGCGGAGGCUGCCGAAGAAAAGCAACGAGCUGCCGCAGCCGAACAAGCUCCCAGGGAUCUUCGAUGACGCCCACGGCUCCCACGGCCGGCAGGUCUGCCGUCGGCACGAGCUCUAUGUCAGCUUCCAGGACCUCGGCUGGCUGGACUGGGUCAUCGCCCCCCAAGGCUACUCGGCCUAUUACUGUGAAGGGGAGUGCUCCUUCCCGCUGGACUCCUGCAUGAACGCCACCAACCACGCCAUCGUGCAGUCCCUGGUGCACCUGAUGAAGCCAGACGCAGUCCCCAAGGCGUGCUGCGCGCCCACCAAGCUGAGCGCCACCUCCGUGCUCUACUACGACAGCAGCAACAACGUCAUCCUGCGCAAACACCGCAACAUGGUGGUCAAGGCCUGUGGCUGCCACUGAGGCCCCGCCCCCAGCCACUGCAGCACCUCUCAGCCAGACCAGCCCCUCUCCGGAGGCUAAGACCCUCAAACCCAGUCAGACCACAGACAGGACUGGCACAGAGAGGCCUCAGAGAUCCACAUGACCAUGGCCUUCCCUCCUUCCCACCUGGGCUGGAUCCUUUCAGGCCCCUCUGCCCCCUCCCCUGCCCGAGGUUGUGAUAGAUUCUGGCCUCCACUCCCGGUGGUCUCAGUCAUCAAGCCAGGUUCCUUCCCAGCCCUCGCCCCCAGUGACAUGUGCUGACUUUAGGGUUGGCACAAAAGUCCUGUCUGAGGACCUGCCCUUGCUCAUGGCUGGCCCAGGCUGUGGACAGAUGUGGAAUGACUUGAGGGGCACCCGGAGCCCGAGGUGCCCACCUCAGGCCCUCUGCUCUCCGUGACAGGGGCGGGGGUACGUAGACAGGUCUGGGCCACCUUCGGUUGCCUGCCUUUCUCAGGGGCAGACCUAGGCGCUGCCGGGCACUUCUGUUAAAGAGCAGGGACUUGCCCUCCGUGUUCCAUAUUUGCCGAUCUGAAUUAGCAAACUGCUGACCCUGGGGAGGCAGGUGGGCAACUCCAGAAAGAGCUGAAUGAACGACAUGGUGUAGGGCUAAGGCCAAUGGCAUUUAUCUUCUGUCUUCCUGUCCUUGAUCUGUCCGCUUUCUGGGGAAGAUGUGCAGUGCAUUGAAAUUUUGCCUUUGGAGAAACAAAAAAUCUUUGGGGCUUUACUGACCCAUCUGUGUGUCAUUACGCUGAACCAUGGGGAGUUCAGCUCUGCGGGAAAGUCAUCUUUUUACUGAGCCAAGAAUACAUUGGGUGGGCCAGGAUGACAGUGCCUGGCACAAAUGACAUAAUUUUCCUUUUCCCUCUACAUGGCAGACAGCAGUAAUCGAUCUUGAUAUUUGUACCUCCAAAUCUGAUAGACUUGCAGCGCGAUCAGCACGAGCUCCGGGCAGCCACUGCCAGUGCGUUUGAGGUGGCAUGUGAAGUAAAGCCUCCCUGCCGUCUCCUGCUAAGGAGCAAUGCGGUCUACCCGGGGCGGUGUGUCUGCGACACUGGGCAGCCUGUGGCCCGGUGUCGGCCCAGGGCAGGGACUUGCCAGCACCUGUUGUGUCCAUAAGUUGUCAAAAACAGGCUGGUCACCAAAGUCUGCGUCAUCCCCUGUGCCCAGGAGCCCCAUCCUGUUUUUGCGGCUCCUGUGAGCCAAAGAAAAGGCCCCUGUCCCAGGGGAGUGACAGGCAGUAAUUAGGAUGAGCUGGGUGGGGAGGUUCCCGGAAACCACUGUUCUCCUCGGAGCAGCAGAGGCAGUUGGGGUGUUUAUUUGAUUUCUGACUUGCUAAACCUGUAAUUUACCUGCUGGACCAGACAGAGUCCAGCUGCCCGAACCCUGAAAUACUGUGUCAUUAAUAGCAAACCCUGGGCCCGCCCCAACCCACAGGCAUGGCCCACAGAGGCAGAACGACCUGUGUGUGCAAGGACGCACAUCCCAGGGGUUCACUCUGCACCCUGAGGACAGGCUCCAGGACAGCAGACCUGGAGCAGGGGGAGCCGGAGGCUGGGGCCAUGCUGCAGGACAGCGGCCUCCACACCUGGACCUGGGAGGGGUGCUGGGAGCAAAUGCAGAGGAAGAUACCCUUCCAAGGGGCCAUACUGUAAGGUAGUGAGCUCUCCAUCUGUGCAGGGAUUUAAGCUUUGGUCUAGAUGUCGGGAGACCCAACUCGUAGGUGGCUUCCUCCUGCAGGCCUCACUUCCUAUCUUUAACACGAAGGCAGGGCACUUCCUGAUCUCCAGCGGGCCUUCAACCAAGGAGUCGGCAUCUGAGCACUGAGCCCAGAUGCAGCCUCAUGACCCUGAAUGCAGAGCCCUGGAUGCCAUUACAAGUCUGAGUCACGAACCAGGUGGCCAUCACGAAUUGGCAAACAUGGAACCUAUUUGCGAUUCCAGUAGUUAUGUGAUGGCUCUGUCUUCUCAACAUCAAGGAUUGUCUUUUAGGUGACUGCAAAUUUAAAAUUAGCCAAUUAUUUUGACAGCUAAGUUUUUACUUCUCCUGGUAUCUUUCAUACCCAGCAAUGGCCUGGCAUAGGCAGGGGUGCACCAGAAACGUCUGUCCGAUUACCCAAAGGUCUGUAGAUAUGGCAUUCACCUUCCCUACCAACCAGGCUGUGCACAGCAGGAAUGAAUAGGAGUUGCAGAACAACUGAAAAACAAUAAAUCAUUGUGUGCCUACCUGGCCACCAGACUUCCCGCAACUUCUGAGACCUAGGCACCAAAUGAAAUCCAACAGAAAAAGCCCUGAGCAGUGAAAUAAUUGUGGACACAAAGCCCAUGCACUGUAUCCCAUGAGGUAUCUUAUUUGCUGAGCCAAGAAUGGCAGCUCCAGAGGGUGGCCCAGGCUGGCAGGUACACAGCACAGGAGCCACGAUUUCCCUUUCUCUUGCUCGGAACAUGGCUUGUUUAUCUAGUCACACCAGACCAGAAGGAUAAAUAAGGGUGGUCAGUGCACACCCGCUGACAGCAACGAGAAGUCACUUGACAGUUGACAGGAAGGGAGGGCACAUGGAAAAACAGGCUAAAGAGCAAUGCACGUCAGCCUUGAUAUUUGCAGUGCAAUCUUGGCCUCAAUAUCAAGCUGUCUUCUAACUAAGGUAGGGGUCACAGGUUCUGGAAACAUCCCUAGGAAAUAGGGAAGAGGCAGCAUAGCAGGAGUAUAGAUUUGGGGAGCCAAAUAGAUUUGAAUCCUGGUUCUUCCUCCACACAACAGGAGAUGAGCUCUUUCCUUCCAGGCUGUUCUAGGGAUGAGAUGUGUACAUAUACAUUUAGGACAAUGCCUGGUUUAUAAAUGCUUAACAACUGGUCCCUGCUGGUAUUAUUACAAAUGAAUUGGCUAAUUUUGUGCCCCUUCCAUUCUUGUCCACUAAACCUCCUCCCAGAAUGUGUCCUACAGGUGAUGGUGUAUUUAUCUCAGAGCUAGGCUUCUAAAGUAUCUACACACUGCAAUCGGUCGGGCGCAGGACUUGAACUUUCACCUGCUUGGAAGGCCUGAGGCAAAUGCCCAGCUUUGCCAGCUACAGCUAGGGCUGUGCAACUUCAGUGGUCCCAACGCAGGGAUCCCACGGUCCUGUAGAGGGCGCUCAGUACUCAACAAGUGCCUCAGUUUUUUUUUUUUAUGUGUACCAUGUCUUAAGUUUUUUUUAUUUAUUGAUUUUAAAUAGAGGAAGAGAGAGAGAGAGAAACAUCGAUUUGCUGUUCCAAUUAUUCAUGCAUUCGUUGGUGGAUUCCUGUGUGGUGCGCCCUGACCACGGAUGAAACCCACAACCUUGGCGUAUCCGGACAAUGCUCUAACCACCUGAGCUCCCUGGCCAGGGCCCCUGAGCAAUUUAAACAGGGGCUGGUCCUUCUCAGGUUUUCCUACUUAUGCAAAGGCCUUGUGUAAACACUUAACCAUUUU